GUCACGGGUUCACAUAACUGGUACUCAAGCAGAUGCGGACCAAUACAAAAAUUCGGACUUAGUUACUGUUGUAUAAGACGCAAGCGGACGUCAGCAUAUUUUUAACAGAAAAGCAUUUAUAAUAAAGGCAGAGAUGGUGCUGACGGUUUGAAGGUGAGCUGUGCAUGCCUAAUUUAUGGAUUAUUCCAGGAGAGUGAAAUAGCAACUUGCGAAGACAGCCGCCUGCAAGCAGCAAUGCAAUGGGUGAAGCAGCGAUGGACACCCAGUUAGAUUCGCAGAGGAAGGAAGAGGACCUGAAGUUAAAAGUUCACCAUGUGUGCAGAAAUCUUUUUGGGCCGGUGGACCACCAGCAGCUGCAGCAGGACUUCCAGCGGUUGCUGUGGAGGAGUGUGGAAGUCGCCAAGCAGAAGUGGAGCUUUGACUUCCUGAGUGACAGCCCUGUGGAUGGCAUUCUGGAGUGGGAGCAGCUGAAAUGCCAGGAGGUGCCCACCUUCUACAGGAGCUGCGUAGUAAGGAAUGGACAGAGGCUCCUGCGGGAGGCCCAGGGGACUGCCACCAAACCUGGCAACGCUCACCUGGAGGACCUGACCAGGGAGGACUGCAAAACCUGCAAAUUUGAAAAUUGCUGCACAGCCAUGCUCGGGAAUCGGAGGCAGACUUCCAUUACAGAUUUCUAUGAAGUUAAGAAGAGGUGCUUGUGUCACAAGAAAAAUCAUCACCAGUAACAAGGAUUGAAGAAAAAAGAGAAUAAAAAACUGCUAGGGUCUGCUACUGUAAGGGGAGACAUUUUAGAAAGCUACAAUAUGUGUGUGUGUGUGUGUGUGUGUGUGUGUGUGUGUGUGUGUGUGUGUAAACUUUUUACUUUGUUUUAAAAUGUCCUCUAUAAUUCCAUAUUAAUAUACAUUAAAACAUGUCUAAUCCAGAACCUCUAUAAACCAGCAUUCUGUAUAAUUCAGCACAAUUUGUGGGCCCCAUUGUUGUGUUUAAUAUACUGUGUACUGUAUGUACUUAAUGAAGUUGUUUUUUAAGUGUUUAGUUUUGUUAUUUAACCUUUUUUUUUUGUUAUAGUACUAGAUUUUUUUACAGUAACUCUAAUGCCACACAUUGCCUAAUCUCUAACAAUUUUCCAGUGCCAAGUGACACUGGAUUGGACAGGUUUUACUGUAUUUAUAAUAUAUUUAGCCUAUAUACAAUACAUGAUAAAUAAUGAAUGUAAUUACAAAGCUUGGAAUACAAUAUGAGAUGUAAAACUACACUACAAUGUUACACCCAUACACACUACAGUUUACAUCUGAGGCAGAGUUGUGUACAUCUUGUAAAUAUAUGUUCCAUCAAAUUAUAUAUUUUAUUGUUUUCUCUUGAUCAUUUGUAUCAUUUUUAU